AUGAGCAACAUCGCAAACCUCGAAGCCCCCAUCAUUGCCCAAGCAGCUGUGGCUGAUGCUCCACUCGCCGGUAGUGCGAGGGAGAAACAACUCGGCCGUGGCUCGAUUGAUGCUGCCGCGGUGUCGAUACCAUCUCAUUCUUCAGACCAGGACGAUGACGAGGUAACAGAGGAAGACCUCAAGACGCUCCGUCGCGUAUCAGGCAAGAUUCCAUGGACAGCCUUUACGGUUGCUUUCGUGGAACUGUGCGAACGGUUCUCCUACUAUGGCACGACUGUCGUCUUCGUGAAUUUCAUUCAGCAGCCUCUACCAGAAGGAUCUUCCACCGGUGCCGGGUUCUCGGGUCAGUCCGGUGCACUGGGCAUGGGUCAGCGAGCAUCUACCGGUCUCAAGACGUUCAACGAAUUCUGGGCAUACGUGAUGCCUUUGCUGGGUGGUUAUCUGGCCGACGCCCACUGGGGCCGCUACAAGACCAUCCACCUGGCCAUUAUCUGCGCGAUCGUGGGCCACGUUAUUCUGACGGCGUCGGCCGCUCCCAGCGUCAUCAAACACAAUGGCUCUGCCCUCGCUGCCUUCACCAUCGGUUUGAUCAUCAUGGGUGUUGGUACCGGCGGCUUCAAGUCGAACAUCUCACCACUGCUCGCCGAACAGCAAACCGACAACAAAAAGAGGAUCAAGGUGCUACCGUCGGGCGAACGAGUCAUUGUGGACCCCUCGGUCACAACGUCCCGCAUCUUUCUGUACUUUUACAUGUGCAUCAACAUUGGCUCUCUUGUCGGACAAAUUGGCAUGGUAUACUGUGAGAAGUACGUCGGCUUCUGGUUGUCAUACAUGCUCCCGACCGUCCUCUUCGUUUUCGCCCCGAUCGUCCUGGCCGUGUGCAAGAAACACUACGUUCUCAACCCGCCCACGGGCUCCGUGUUCGCCAAGUUCUUCCAGCUCUGGAAGUACGCGGCCAAGGGCAACUGGAGCAUCAACCCCGUCCGCACGUACAGGAACAUGUCUGCCCCGAAUUUCUGGGAGCGUGUGAAACCGUCCAAUAUCCCCGUCAACGAACGGCCCGGUUGGAUGACGUUCGACGAUGCCUGGGUUGACGAAGUGCGCCGAGGCCUCAAGGCAUGCACCGUCUUCCUGUACCUCCCACUGUACUGGUUGGCAUAUGGACAAAUGACUGGAAACCUGACAUCUCAAGCCGCGGUCAUGGAACUCAACGGCGUCCCCAACGACAUCAUCCAGAACCUCAACCCUAUUUCGAUUGUCAUCUUCAUCCCGCUGAUGGACUUUGUCAUCUACCCUGCCCUGCGCAAGGCAAAGAUCAACUUCACCCCGAUCAAGCGCAUCACGUUGGGUUUCGCGCUCGCAUCCAUCGCCAUGAUUGCAGCAUGUGUGAUUCAAGUCUACAUCUACCGCCUUUCACCGUGCGGCCACCACGCCUCGGACCCCGACUGCUCCGGCCCGGCGCCGAUCAACGUGUGGGUGCAGACGCUCCCGUACGUCUUCAUCGGCUUCUCCGAGAUCAUGGCCAGCAUCACGAGUCUCGAGUACGCCUUCACCAAGGCGCCGACCAACAUGCGCUCGUUCGUCAUGGCCAUCAACCUGCUCAUGAACGCCUUCAGCUCCGCCAUCGCCCAGGCCCUGGUGUCGCUGUCCGCCGACCCGCUGCUCGUGUGGAACUACGGCGUCGUCGCCGUGCUGGCCGCCAUCGGGGGCGUGUGUUUCUGGUUCAACUUCCGCAACCUGGACCGCGAGGAGGACAGGCUGAACAUGCUGGCCGUGAGCGAGUACCGGGGCAGGCGGGCCAGCCUGAGCCUGCCCGCCGCCGUCGGUGGGUCGUCGAGUGUGCACAAGGUGGGCGAAAAGGGAGAGGCGCAGCCCUGA